GGCGCAGAAUCAAUCAUUACAUUGACGAGGACUCGCUAUUCGAUUCAGCUGGUCUGACGGGUUCGUAGUGGAAUAAUACUAAUAAACCCAUACACUCGUCGAUCCCGGCCCAAAAACUCUCGAGGCGAACUAGAGUGCCCCAGGCGCGCGAGCCAUCCCAGAGGAUCACGAAUACUUUGCCCAGACGAUCGACCAGGCCGCCCGAGGGGAGCUGAGAUUGCUGGCCGCAGCGCAGCGCAUCAGCAGCAAGCAAGCAGUCAUCAUCGUCCAGAUCUGUCGUCAGAUCGGCCUGCGACUGCGGUAGCACCGCGAGCGACCACCCCACAGCACCACCACCACCGCCGUGCGCUGUGAGGUGUGGACAGCAUGGCACAGGUCAUGGCAGCACAGUCCUCGCUGUCGCCAUCCUUCGUGCUCUCGCCCCAGCCCGAGCCGUCGUCGCCCAGCAUGUCCUCGACACGCCCCGAUCGAUCAGAGCGAGACCGUCGGCGACCCUCACAAGCCUCCAACAGGAUGUCGCUGUCCCAGCGCUCGCAGCACUCGCUGGCGGAUCGAUCGCGACCCCAAUCCACCGCAUUCCCGGCCUUUUCAUCAAGCUUGUCCUACGCGCUGGUCCGCGACUUCGCCUACCCGUCCUACCACCCUAUGCACUAUGGCGGCCAGCCCGAGGAAGAAUCUGGCGCAAGUACACCCGCCGGGUGGGAAACGAGUCGCAGAAUGUCGGACAGUGCGGAGAGCGGCACCUCUGGCGGCAAGUGGCAUGCUGGGCCGUGGGGCGGCGACGGAGUCAUGUAUGGCGAUCCAGUUCAAGACAUGGAACCAUUGCCGAGCACUAGUUUCGGCGCAGCAGGCGAGGAUUGGGGCGACGACGAGACAUCGUUCAAGAUGAACAAACACCGCAAGAGCAGGUCCUUCCACGAUAUGCCCAACUACGAGCGUGGCAGGAGGAGGUCAUCGCAGGGUAGGAGUCGGGGACCGGAGGAAGCUUCGCAGUCGUCACAGUACGAUCCAGCAGGACGAGACGCGCUGCGACAGAGCAGAGGAUAUACCGAUAGUGGUGAACGUCUGCCACGUCGAGACUCCCACUUCGCCGCAACGCUCCCCAGCCGCAGCUUCCACAACUCACAACCCGUCGAUCUGGAGUCGGACCUUCCGCUGGAUGCGGAACCAUCAGACCACAACUCCCCGCAACGCGAAAGCAUGGGUCCCGAGGAUGAGGAACUGUUCGCUGGUCCAUCACUGGCACUGUACGGCUUCGAACCAGAGAACGAGAAUGAGCUGCGACUCAUAGAAGGAGAGGUGAUCAUGGUGUCGUACCGCCAUGGACAGGGCUGGCUGGUGGCAGAGAAGGAUAACGGAGACCAAGGCUUGGUGCCAGAGGCAUAUGUCCGCUUGUUGAGAGACAUUGAGGGUUGGGAUGAAGAGACGGGUCAGUUUAUUGAGGGCGACCCUUUUGGCAUCAGUGGCGACGACGCUGUCACACCAACGGAGGACCUGUCCAUCACGAACCGAUGAAAGCGGGAAUCACUUAUUGCUGAGGACCAACUUCUUGGAUCCUCACCACCAAAAUGACGAAACACCAUGGCGAGAGACAACGGGAAGCGGAGCACGACUGAUAGCACGGACCUGAUCCUCAGCACGCUCCACUGACAUCUCGCUACUCUGCUGUUCAAGAUCCUGAACGGCGCUGUGUCACACGCUCUGCCUUCGACAACCAGGGGUCAUCUUCCGACUAUCUCUGGAUUUGCACUUUGGAGGCAAACGUGCUAUCUGCUCAUAGUGGAACUUGACGAUCCCACGCGAUGGUCCAUCUCAGACGAUGGUACGGCUCACUACCGGGUUGAUGCAGGCAACCUGUUGUCCUGCAUCCAAAUGCCGGGAUAUGCGAGAAUGGCUCGCCGACUGCAAGACUGGAGCCGGUUGCGCCAUACGCGACGCUCUGGUCAUCCGAAUGCCCUCGCUUUCAUAGAUUGUACAAGUCUCCAACGCUGCAAACUCGGCAUGGAAACCCUCGACGAUACAUGAGAAUUGAGCGUAGAAGCAAUAAGAGGUAGAGCAGCAGGGUAAAUGAGAUAAACAGCGACUAAGAACGCGUCCCGAACGCGCCAAUGAUGUCAAGCAAGAUGUCUGCUACUACGAACGAUACUUGUGACAAAG